AUGCCAAAUCAACCUCGAUAUCAUCGAAGAUCUUCUUCCGUCUUGCAGACUCGGCUUUCACAGUCUUUACCACCUGUCCCACUACCUGAAAUAAAUAUACCUCCACCGCAAAUAUAUCGAGACGAAUCCGAAUCUGCCGUAGAGGAUGACGAAUCGACUGGACAUGGCAUUCGGCUGGAGCUAACAUCGUCUUCAAGACCCUCGGAUCCGCCUCAAUACCAACCGAUGUACGACUACUUACGAUCGAAGCAGGUUACCAGUGCGAAUCCCCCAGCAUAUGGAGCUUCCCCAAAUUCUAGCGCUUUGCAAAUCAUCACCGACCCCACACCGACGCUUCAAGAACCAUAUCGAGAUGAACCAUUUAUAGUCACGAUAGACUCCUCACCUCCUCCUCCUUCCUAUCAAGAGAUAUUCCGCCAGCAUGAAAUUGAGAUGGAUAACAUGUCGAGGGCUGUGGUCCUGGAUUCGGAUGUAGACCCAGCGGAGCAGACAGAAGACAUAUACAAAUGGAUCGUGGCCAUGCUAUUGAUCAUACUGACGAUAGCAUGUGUGGGGACGGCGUUCAAUUGGGGCAGGCCUAUCUGA